GAUGGGAGUUGUAGUAGGAAACUUUUAUGUAGUCGGGAAAGUUAUUUAUCGUCGUUGCCUUGUAAAUAUUGACAAUUGUAGGUGGCGUACAUAAAAUAGCUUUUAAUGUACUAACGAACACCUGUUCAAUAAACUAAUUAUCCCAAGAGAAAGACGGCGUGGGUAUGAUCUGCCUGGCCAGUGAAAGGCUGUGGCGGCCCCCCCCAGUAGCUGUCACCACGGCGGGGGACAUCAGGACCUCCAUCUGCAGGGUGGUCAUCUACCUUCAGAGGGACAUGUCCGGGGACAGCUGCCAGCUCCCACUGCACCGGCUAUGCCUCCAAACCCAGGUCAACUCCACUGGCUCCCAAGCCAUUAGACCUUCCCAUGAAGCCUCCCAGAUGGCGUGUCCCAAGUCCAAGACGUGCAGCUACAGAGCGGCGGUGGGCCUGGGUAACAAGUAUGUGCGUCUAAACGUAGGGGGGACCCUGUUCUACACCACGCUGCAGGUGCUCACCAGGCAGGACUCCAUGCUGAAGGCCAUGUUCAGUGGCAGGAAGGAGGUCUUCAUUGACAAAGAAGGCUGGAUCCUGAUAGAUCGCAGUGGGAAGCACUUUGGCUCCAUCCUGACGUACCUGCGGGAGGAAGCGGUCACCUUGCCCCCUGGCAGGCAGGGGGCUCUAGAGCUGCUGGCAGAGGCCAAGUAUUAUCUCAUCCAGGGUCUGGUGGAGCUGUGCCAGGGAGGCCUGCAGGACCAGAAGGAGCAGUCUCUGUGUGUAAUCCCUGUUGUCACCUCUGCCAAGGAGGAAGAGAGACUGAUCCAGGCCUGCCCCAAGCCUGUAGUGAAGCUGCUGUACAACAGAAGCAACAACAAGUACUCCUAUACUAGUAACUCAGACGACAACCUGUUGAAGAACAUUGAGCUGUUUGACAAGCUGUCUCUGAGCUACAAUGGCCGUGUUCUCUUCAUCAAGGACGUGAUCGGUGACGAGGUCUGCUGCUGGUCGUUCUACGGACAGGGACGCAAACUGGCAGAGGUCUGCUGCACCUCCAUAGUCUACGCCACAGAGAAAAAACAGACCAAGUUGGAGUUUCCAGAGGCCAGGAUCUAUGAGGAGACCCUGAACGCUUUGCUUUAUGAGACACUUCCUGUCCCUGACGACUCCCUAUUGGAGGCCACACGCCGUCGACACGCCCACAGUCACACCCACUGUGGUUUCCACAGCGAGGAGGAGGAAGGCCACACCCACUCUGGGGUAGACCUUAGGCGCCGCAUCCACGUCAAGAGGUACAGCACCUACGACGACCGGCCGCUGGGACACUAAGGACGCAUCUCAAAUUGCACCGUUUCCUAUAUGGUGUACUACUUUUGACCCGGGCUCUAUAUAGGAAAUAAGGGUAUGUAGGGUUUUUAUAGGAAAUAGGGGCAGAUAGGGCUCUAUAUAGGAAAUAGGGGCCCAUAGAGCUCUGGUCAAAUGUAGAGAAUAAUGUGCCGUUUUUGACGAAGCCUAUCUAACCACAGAGGAGGAAACUGGUUCCCUGCUGACCGGCCGCUGGGACACUAAGUAUACGUCUCAAGUGACGCCCUAUGUAGUGCACUACCAUUCGAACCCUCAUCUCCCUGUCAGUCACCUCUCAGUGAGAGCCUCAAAAUGUGUUUAAUGAUUCAUCAAACCUAUCUGCACUAAUUACUGUUACUCUGCAGCCUUUGGUGAGAGUGAGUGAUGGCUCCCAAAAGGCACCCUAUUCCCCAUGCUAUACCCAUAAGGCUCUGUUUAAAAGUAGUGUAUAAUGUAGGGGAACGGGUGCCAUCUAACCACUCCCUACUGACCAGCCACUGGGACACCUAAGGCGUCCGCAUGCUUCCCAUCUAAAACUGUUCAGAAACAGUUUGUGUAUAAUAUUAUAAUGACAUUUUGUGAAGUUUUUUUGUUGUUGUUUUGGACUUCGUCAAGUUUUUUUUUGUUCAGCUGUUCGUGCACACACACACACACACACACACACACAAACAAAUUCUCGAGGCAAGCCGAAAUCUGUAGCUGAUGUCUACACCCCUUUUGUCGGUGAUUGGUCAACAGUAGGGAUUCUUCAAUUAAGUGUUUUUAUUGUCGUUCAACAAGAGACGACUAGUUUUCGUGCCCAUUUCUUCACUUGAGAAAUACUGCACCAAACAUCUUAGUUAGAUGUCAAAUUGCGCGACUAAGAUCUCUGCAAGACGUCAAAAUGAAUGACAAUUUAUUAAAUCUAUCUCAGAUGAAUUCUGACUAUUUUGAGGAAGUGUAUUCUGGCUACGGCAUCUCAAUAUGGACAAACUGUACUAUUGCCACUUUUUUCAAGGGAGUGUGUGAGCACACUUGUUUGCCUACGGCUAGGCGCCAGCCGAACUGUAGCAUGCUGACGCCUUAAGGAUGUGUCCCAUCUAACCACAGAGGAGGAAACUGGUUCCCGCUGGCUCUUCACUUAUUCACUACACCCACCGCUGAAGCACUGGUGUUGUUGGCCCCAAAAUGGCCUUGGGCACAAAAUGGCUGCCAUGCUGCAUCACCCUGGUGCCUGACAGACUUUGUCGAUGGAAAACUCGUGAUUUUAAAUGUUGAGGUGCUUAUGCUAUUUCUCCUUUAUUUUAUAUAGAACUCUCUUCUUCACAACACAAUCAAAUCUGUGUUCAUACAAUCAAAAUUGCAACUUCAAAUCAGUGUAGAUGAAGGGGGCCAGACUGGUUAAAGAUGGAUUUUUAAACCUUGAGACAAUUGAGACAUGGAUUGUGUAUAUGUGCCAUUCAG